AUGAGAGAAGAAUAAUUAGGAUGGUAACCUAUUGAAUUUGCUAAACUAUAAGAUGCUUAAAAUAGUAUUAAACCUUAUGAAGAAUUAUGGCAUAAAUUAAGAGAUUGGGAAUAAAAUUCAAUUGAUUGGUCAAAGACUAAAUUUAUCUUCAGAUUAGAUGCAGAAUCAAUUGAUAAAAAUGUUAAAUAUAUGUUAACUUAAGCUAAAAAAUUAACUUAUUAAUUUCCAAAGAAUAAUACUCCAUAAGGGACAUUAUAAUUAAUCAAAUAAUUGUCAAAUAAAAUAAAUGAUUUCUAAGGAUAAUUGCCUAUGAUUAGUAUAUUCUCUAAUCCAGGUAUGAUAGAAAGAGAUUGAGAAGAGAUUUCUUAAAUUAUGGGAUUCCCAGUUAGAUCAGAUAAUAAUAAUAACUUUCGAAAUUAAUUGAAUUAGAUUUGAAAAAGAAUAUAAUUUAGAAAAGAUCUUAAAUAAAAUGUAAGAAGAUUGGGAUAAUAUAAUUACUGAACUUAAACCAUGGAAAGAUACUGGUACCUUUAUAGUAUCUGGUGCAUCAACUGAUUGAAGCCUAAACAUUGUUAGAUGAUCAAAUUGUUAAGACUAUCACAAUGAAGGGUUCUCCUUAUGCACGAAAUUUUGAAAGUAGAAUUGCUGAAUGGGAAGCAUUUUUAUAUUAUUCUUAAACUUUGUUUGAUUAUUGGCUUAAAGUCUAAGGAGUUUGGAUGUAUUUGGAACCAGUAUUUACAAGUCCAGACAUUUUAAAACAUCUUGCUACAGAAGGGACAAGAUUUAAAGAAGUUAAUGCAAGUUGGAAAUCAAUUAUCAAUAUUGUUAAUUAAUGUAUUUCAUAUAUUCAUUUUUGUUAUUUAUUUUUUUUUAUUAAUUUAAUUUAAUUUAUAGGAUGUCAGACGAGGAAUAACCACAAUGUGAUUAUCAAAAGUUUCUUAAUUAACUUCAAACAGUUAAAAAAAUGGAUGAUGUUGAAGUCUUAGAUUCAAGUGAUGAAUUUUAAAUGGAAAAAAAUGAGACUCAAUACAGUUAACAAAAUAUUUACCAUUCAGGACUGGAUGAAUUUGUUAUUCCACCUAAAGAAUAGGACUCAGUUUCAAUAGAUACUAAGCCAUAUGAAAGUACAUAAAUUGUUAAACCAAAGAUUCAGCCCGUCUAAGUAUUCUGUUUAAAUUUUAAGUAGUUACCUCCUUUAUCAAAAAAGAUAAAUAAAGCUAUAGAAAGAAAAUUUUGUUUUAAAAAUGUUGAAAUCAAUUAAUAGUUGUUAAAAUAUGAGACUGUUUUUUAUGAAAUUGAAAGUUAUAUUGAUGAAAAUGAUAAAGCACUUGUUACAAGAUAAUAUUCUGAUUUUGAAUGGCUAUUCGAAGAACUAUUUGAAAACUUUCCAGGUAUAAUAAUACCUUCGAUUCCUUAAAAGAAUAUGCUAGCUAAAUUCAAUAUAACAGGCUAUACUAAUUCUAUUAGAUCAUAGAGAUAAAAAGGCCUUGAAGAAUUUUUACGAAAAACUUUGAGUCAUGUUUAAUUAAAGGAUUGUGAAAUUAUUGAAAAAUUUAUGACAUUAUAGGAUUAAGACUUUAAGAAACUUGUAUAGAACUAUUAAACAUAAAAAUAAUAGAAACUAUUAAUAAAUGUCAGUAAAAAUAUAGUUGUAAAUGCAUUUGGAAAAAUAGGAAAUAUAUUCUUUAGUAUUUAAUUAUCUAUAAUUAGAUCCAUAAAAUAAUGACAAUGAAAUGGAAAAAUAUUGUUAAAUUGCUGUUUAAGAAAUCAAUAUAUAGAAACUUAAAAUCAAGAAUAUUAGGGAUUAAUUAGAAAAGACAUUUCUCAAUAAAUUUGAAUAGAGCAAAUAAUUUAUGAAAUUAUCAACUCUUUUUGAUGAAAUUUAAAAUGAUAUAGGAUAUAAAGAGCAUAUGAAUACAAAAUGUGAAACAAUAUCAAUAGCAUUAAGAGACUCAUUUGCUAGUGUUAUGCCAAUAAUAUAUACAAUUGAUGUAAUAAUAUAUUGAAAAUUAGGCUAGUAAUACUUAUUAGAUAUGGAAGUAGUUUUGAAUAUUGUGAAAUAUAGGGCAGAUUUACAAUAAUCUAUAACUGAUCAUGCAGCUGCAUUAACAAGUGCUAAAUACACUGUAUUUAUUUAUCAUUAUUUAAUAAGCCUGAAUAAUAAGCAUUAAUAUAGACAUAAUUAAAUGAUCAUUAAAAAAAUAUGAGUAAAUUUGUAGAAAACUUUAAAAAUGAAUAUGAAACAUUUACUGAUUAAUACAACAAGCAUUUUAAUAAAAUGAUGUAGACAGUAUUAUAAGUGUGGUAGUAAAUCAAUAAUCAAAUGUAGGAAACUUGGCUUUGA